GUUAGUCAUAUCAAGGUUGGUAUUUGAUCAACAAAAAUCUAUGUCAAAGAUUGAUGCCAGUAGUAGUUUUGGUUUGGUGCAAUAGCUGGUGUCUAUGGAAUAGAAUAUGGUUAACAUGUUGUUACCAAACCCCCUCAAAUCUUGGACGCUCCUCUGCUGCUUCACCAUCUGCAUCGCCUUGGUGCACUCUGCAGUUUUGGCCCAACUAGCGAGAGCCAACCAGGCUAGAGUAGUGGCAAGACAGACGACGCAGAGGCAGAUUGCUCUAGCAAGGACUGCUGCAAAUGCUGCAGCCGCUAGAUCUAGAGCUCAGGCUUUGAUGGGACCUGGAAGCAGACUGGGCAUGGCCAGAAAUGGGGCAACGCUAGGGGAUUCCCAACGCUUCACCAGAGGUUCCGCAGACUUCUUCAGUGAAGAAACUAUCCCGAUUCAAGAUCCGAUCACAUUCAGUAACGUUUUUGAAGAUGGUAGUAACAUAGAAAAUAUUGGCGAUACAGAUUUCUUAUUGGAGGAACGAGUAGGUGCGAUGGUGGAUCAAGCACCAACUGGUUUUGGGGCAGAUGAACGAGUCGGAGCUGCUAUUCUCCAGGAACCUGGACCUAACUGUGGAUGUACAAAAAGGAUUGUGCUUCUUAGUGAUGAAGAAGCACUAAGUGCUCUAAAUGGUGACCUCAAUGAAGUUGUGAUCGGUCAAGAUGGAAAUCAAGGUACAGAAGUUGGUAUGCUUCCAACUCACUCAAAAGUUGGGGAUCAACGUACCCAGCUAGUGCACGACCUCAUCCACAAACAGUUGCAUAACAAUGGACAGUCUGGCUUCCAGAAAGGUCAAAAUACUCCAAACAAUUUACAUGUUGUUCAAAACCAACAUCUAGCUGAUGUAUCAAGGUCCUCUUCGGGAGAAAUGCAAGAACCUGGUUUACUACAGUUUCCUGGCGGUGCUCCAGUCCAAACUGUUAUGACACCAGAAGAAGAAUUUGAACCCAGCCAAUUCGAGAAAAAAGCAGGAUCAGAACGUACACACCAUCUGAUCCACAAAAAACUACAAAACCUCCAUCAGUCUCCAAAUGGUGCUCAAGUACCGUCUGCUCUACCUCCUAUCAACCUUCAUCUUGUUCAAAAUCAACAUCUCGGACCAAGAGCGUUUUCAGGGGAUGCCCAAGAAGCCGAUAACGCUGAGCAAUUUCACCAAAUGCAAGCAGAAGGAGACGUAGGAAGGAAUCUACAAAGAUUCGCUCGUAACGACCAGGUAAUGAUAAGAAGGGAUGGACAAGACGAUCAAGUCGCGUUACAAGCUGCAAGUCCAGUUACUAAAACAGAUUCUCAAGAGCAAGGAAUGAGAGAAUUUACAUCUCCAAAAGAGGCUGAAAGUGAGAAUGCCGAAGGUGAUGAUGAGCAAAGUGUGACACAAUCAGCAACUUCAGAUUCUCAAAACGAAGAUAUUGUAGAACCUUCAUCUUCAAGAAAAGCUGAAACGGAGCUCGGUGAAGGUGAUGAUGAGCCAGUCCAUGGUAAAAAUGCACAAAUAGUAACCUCAGUAGCGAUUGGAGUAACUGACCCUUCAAUAACUGCAUCAAUAAGGAGCAAUAGUGUCACUCAAAAUGGACUAGUUGUAAAAUCUUCAUCUUCUAGAGAAGCUGUAACGGAGAAUGGUGAAAAUGGAGACGCAGAACAGUCAAAUGAAGUACCUCAAAGUACCCCUUCCACAGACGUCGAUUCAGUUAAAGAAAAUGAAGAUAUUGUUGGAGCUCCAUUAGAUAAUCUGCGUGAAAGGUUAGAGGCUCGACUCACUGCAAGACUUGGUGAAGACAGACAUAAACAUAUCCACGAAGUUCUGCAUUUGCCAAAACCUGCAGUUCAGAAUGAACAUGGUAUUGUUGCACCAAAGAUGUCUGAAGAGGGAGAGUCAGGGAACAAAGAACAGUCUAGCAAUGGGUAUAGUCCAAAAACUGAAGAGGUAACCACAACGCAAAGUCCUCUGGCUGACCAAGUUACUGAGAAUGCUACCAGCAGCACCAGCACAGAAACGGUAACAACAUCAAGUCCACAAGUAGGCAUGUCAAACCCCAACAUCGAUGAAGACGAUACCGAGAAUGACGUGUUGGUUGGUGCUGAGACACCUAACUCACAGAUAGACGAUUCGGAAGAAGUCGGUGCCUUUUUACACAAAAACACUUUCCAUCAAGGUGCACUGGUAACCAAACCAGUAGCUAUUAGCGGUUUUGGGCUGAAACCAACUGGAGUUGUUGUCCAUAACCAACACACUAUAUUUGGACUGCGAUCUUCAUCUGGAGAAGAAGAUGAAAACACUGUAGACGAUAAUAAAGACCAAAUGGUACCAAAGGUUGACCAAAAUGAUGUGGAGAUUGCUGAAGAACGUACCGCUCAUCUAAUACAUAAACUGCAUCAAAAGCAACAUGGGUCUGCUGGUACUCUUUCUCAAAACAUUCAUAGUGGUACUCCCCUAAAUAUUCAUAACGGUGCACCUGUCAAUACUCAUGGUGGUGCUCCGCUUAAUAUUCAUGUCGUACAAAAUCAAAACGCAUUUUUAUCACGUGACGCUUCAGGACAAGAAGCUAGAACUGAUGGAAACGAUGUCAGCAGUACCAAUGUGGACCCGGAAACUCCUUCAUCAGCACGUACCUUUUUUCAUCGACACGAACAUGUCCAUUCAUCAUUACUACCUGCAGUCAACUCCUUCGUAACCACCAUUCCAACUGGAAUCUCAACAUUGGUGCCCAAUGUGAACGUGGUUCAAACCCAGAACGCCGUGCUGACUCCUCAGGUUCAAACUCACCAGACUUUUGUACCUUCGAAUGGUGCAUUGGUUGUUCCUCAUGAAACUAUUGUAUCUCCAAGCACGCCGAGUUUGAACCACGGGUCACUGGAUAUCGUCCGACCCGUAACAUCACAACUAUUCCCGACUUCUUCUGUGAUUCAAAGUCAAUCAACAGUGAUUGGUCGAAAUGCAGACGGCAUCCAGGGUAUGGAAGACAUUGACGUUCCAGAUUUGGAAAUAAGGAAAGGAAUUGAUGAGGGCAACCAAAUGGUCGGAUCCUUCCUACGCCCCAAUGACCCUUACUAUGAUAACACCAACACUUACAAUAACGACGCAGACAAAACGAAAAUCACCAACAUGAUCGAAGACAACAAAAGAAUCCUCAGCAAAAUCAUCGACAACAUAAAGUCAAACCACGACAAACUCCUCGAUUCUCUCAAACCGAAAUUGAAAGGGAACUCACUAAAAGGAGGUUACGAUAAGCAGCAGUACACUGAUGUGCCUCAAUACCAGCAGUACCCUGCUUAUGCUCAUCAUUAUAGUGAUCAGUUCCCGGUGCCUGAGAUUCAAGAAGUGUCUGGGGAGUCCUGGGAGUGGGAGUAUGGUCCAAGUUACAGACAGAGUAGUGAUGAAGGAUCGAAUGAGUCUGCGGACGUAAGUUAAGAACAAAAAUAAUGACAGUUUAUAUUAAAAUCAAAUUGCAUAGUCAUAUAAUAGUAGAAACGUCAGGUUUCCCUCUUCAUGCCUUAAUAUUCUCAGCGACAUUAGAAGUGUUACACCUAGAAAAAAUAAUUUCUCCAAAUGGAUUUUUUAACAAUAAGCUAGUCUUAUAUCAAGAAUGAAAUUAUAACAUUCUGAAGAAAUUUUAUUAACAAGUAAUAAGAAAAAAAAUUAAUAAUGUGUUGGGCGACCCCGCAGCUGAAUACACUCCUGGAUACGUCUAGGCAUAGACAAAAUGAGAUGGUCGGUAUUUGGCUGUGGCACCUCAUUCCAAGCAACUCGAACUUCGUGGAUUAGCUGUGGCAGAGUCUGUGGCGGAUGGUGCAAAGUGGAUAGUCUCCUCCCGAUCAUAUCUCACAUAUGUUCAAUGGGAUUUAAAUCCACGGCAAAACAUUAACGCCGGCUUCUUGAAAAAAGUCCGUAGUACGACGAGCAAUAUGGGGGCGUGCGUUGGUUUCUAGGACAUCAUCAACAUAGCGCACAGCAGUCAAUAUUGCCUUGAACAAAAAGAAGGCCUGAUCAACUACCAUAGGUAACAGGCCCCCAAACAAUUACUCCAACAGUUCUGUGUACAUGCCUCUCAACAGCAAAUCCAAUAUCACGCCGUUCUCCAUGGCGGCGUCUUACUCUUCCACGACCAUCGUGCGUACCCAGACAGAAUCGCGAUUCGUCGCUUAAGAUGAGAUUAUGCCAUUCUGCCUUCCAAUGUUGCCGUUUUCUGCUCCAGUUCAAAUGCUGACGACAGUGGACCGCAGUCAGAGGAAGCACUAACCACGGACGGUAUGAAAAAAGUCCAAAGGCUUGGAUGCGGCGAUAAAAUGUACGCAAGUAACAGGUCCACCUUCUUCUCCAAAUCAUUGGUCAGCGAUCUGACGCGUAGUAGCAAAACGGUCUCGUAGGGCUAGUUGUCUGAAGCGCCUAUCUUGACACUCUGUGGUACGCCUCGGUGGACCAGUUGAGCUUUUUCGUGUUCCUCUACCUUUUUCUAUCCACACACGACACACACGUAUUACCGUCAUUACAGUACAAUUAACACGGCGAUAGGACAAACCAACAUCUCGAUAGGAAAUAAUUCUACCACUUUCAAAGUCGCUAAAAUGGUGAUAAUUUAGACAACUUCGAACUCGAGGCAUUUUGUUAUGAAAUGCAAUAACUGAAAAUAUCUGUACUACUCAGCUUUCAGAAACUGCGUUCUUCACAAAAACUAAGAGAUGGCCUUUUAACACGUUCAGUGCGAAGAGCGUCAAAAGACGCCCUCCGCUCCUGUGGUGGGAGGCGAACGGCGUCUUUCGACGCUCUCUGCCGGCUUCCAAAAAAAGUAUUUCAGUUUCUGAGGUGGGUAUCGUCAUCCCAGUUCGCAGUCAAUGUGUUAACAAAGGUAAACAAAAACAAAGAUAACAAGUUGACAUUGUUGCCACAGCAUGCUUUAAAUGUAGUCAUGUUGCCAAAACAACAAAUUGAAGAAUUUUUUUUCUGAGUGUAACACUUCUAAUGUCACUCAGUAUAUUUCGUACUGCAUCAAAUUCACGAUUCUCUCAUCAGAAAUAGAAACAUCAUAGUUUUUUGGACAGACUGUAAUAAGAUCCCACCCUUGCAUCUAUACCUAUACAUUAUCUCGAUACAAGCAUUUUUUACAAAAUAAGUAUAGAUUUUCUUUAUUGAAGAUCAAGUAGUGAUUUCUCAGGUAAUUCUAAGAAUGAAAGUUUUUAAGUCAAACUUAUCCAUUAAUCUUUUUAUUGUUUGAAUUCCAAUAAUGCUUCAGUCGUUUUCGUCUAUAGAUGUAAAAAGAAACAAGAAGAAAAGAAUUCUAAAACGAAUAGGAAAGACGCACAAUGUAACCACUUUCAGGAAAAAAUAUAAUGGGCUUAAUUCUGGUGAUCCAACUGGGCACGACCAUUUUGGGCUUUAAUUUUCCUACUUAAUUUAAGUUAAAUUUCCAUUAUUAGCGGAUUUAAGAAAAAUUUGUUAAGGAGUUACUAUUGUUGCGAAAAGAAAAACGACUUUUCAAAAAACGUUUGACACUAUGUAAUGAGCUUUUACCAGUCCUAUAUAUGUAUGAAAUUUUCUUCUUAGAAUUACCCCUUGAGGUAUGGCUUGUGUAUUAUCAACGAAUCUUUUAGUUUUCCACCUAAUCUUGUGGUUACUUGCCCUUAACGUAUAUAUGACCAUGCAAUAUGUGUAUUUCAUGUUAACUUAUUGUGUCAACUAGUAGGUGUAGUAUUUAUUUAUUUAUAUAUUAUCAUAUUUAUC